UCGAAAAUGAACUGGGGGUCCUUUUACGCCGUGAUCAGCGGCGUAAACAGGCAUUCCACCGGCAUCGGCCGCAUCUGGCUGUCUGUCAUUUUCAUCUUCAGAAUCCUGGUCCUCGUGGUGGCGGCCGAGUCGGUCUGGGGUGACGAGAAGUCUGGAUUCACCUGCAACACCGAGCAGCCCGGCUGCAACUCUGUCUGCUAUGACCAGUUCUUUCCCAUCUCACACAUCCGCCUGUGGGCCUUGCAACUCAUCCUGGUGUCCACGCCUGCUCUCCUAGUGGCCAUGCAUGUAGCCCAUCGCAGACACAUCAACAAGAAGAUCCUGAAGAAGUCCGGGCGCGUUUCCCCUAAGGAGCUGGAACAAAUCAAGAAUCAGAAGUUUGCGAUCRCAGGCGCCCUCUGGUGGACCUACAUGAUCAGUGURCUGUUUAGGAUCGUUCUGGAAGUCGGCUUCCUUUAUAUAUUCUACCUGAUCUACCCUGACUUCAAGAUGUUCCGUCUGGUCAAGUGUGACUCGUACCCCUGUCCCAACACUGUGGACUGCUUCGUGUCGCGACCCACGGAGAAAACCAUCUUCACCGUGUUCAUGCUCUCCGUGUCGGGGGUGUGUGUUCUCCUCAACCUGGCCGAGGUGGCCUACCUGAUUGGYMGAGCCUGUCUGAGGUGUAUCCAUGGUAACCRGGAAGAGAMUAAGGUAGCAGGGAUCGGUCAGAAACUGUCCUCCUACAAACAGAAUGAAAUCAACCAGAUGAUCGCUGACCAGUCGAAGUUCAAGUUCACCGUGGGAGCUAGGAAAACCUCUAUGGAGAAGGGAGAGAGGUGCUCUGCUUUCUGAUAGGCUGCCCUGGAGGGAGAGAGGGGUUCUGAUUUGCUGCCUAUGAAGAAGGAAAACGGUGCUCAAGCUUUCUGAUAGGCUGCCUAGUCCUAGUUCCCACUAAUUUUCACUGCUUCAAAGUAAUGAACUGUAACCAGCUUGGAACCAUACUGUAUAGAAAUCCUCAAUAGCUCCAUCUAGUAAUAACAUAAAUCAUUCACUCGUUCAUUUCUUCAUCUAUUUAUUCUAGUGGCUGGUGCUAUGUUCUCAACAUUCCUAACGGUGGUAGGAUAUAAAGAAGAACAAACUAACCCGGACAAACUCAAUGCUGGAUUGGAGGGAGAACUUUGUUUCAUCGUGAUCGACACAGUCACUGUUUUGUCUCUCAACUUCGGCGCAGGAACUGGUGGAUAAAGGAACAUU